AUGGGUUCCGUCGACUACACCCCGGACAUGGCCGCCGCCAAGCCCGAGUCCCAGGUCCUUGAGAAGCCUAGCCGGAGCGGAAGGAAACUCCGCAUCAUCUGCCUGGGUGCCGGCGCCAGUGCGCUCAACCUCGCCCACGAGAUUGACAUAAGCCCUCUGGACCUCGAAUUGGUAUGCUACGAGAAGAAUCCUUCCAUCGGAGGUUCCUGUGAGUGGACGUCCUUCUAUUCAGGCGCCCCGGAGACCCUCCAGUAUUUCAAGGAUGUGGCGGAGAAGUUUGACUUGAACAAAUACAUACGGCUAAACCACAGAGUGGUGGGUGCCUACUGGAACGAGGAGGAUCAGAUGUGGCACGUCAAGAUCCAGAAGGGCGACGACCCUGAUGCCAUCACCGAAGACAAAGCCAACAUCUUUGUCAAUGCCAGUGGAGUUCUGAAGUAUGUUGACCCGUCUCACACUAUUCAACUAUUCGAAUCACUAGCAGCUUCUGAUGAGUUCUUUUCGUAUGACUAA